GGACCUGCAAUGCGUGCCUCUCGCAGUAUAGCACGUGCGCUGCCAACGCCGCAUGUGCCAACGUGAUGAGCUGCUGGCGCACGACCGCGGCGAUGGCGUCGACUCUCAACGCCCUCCAAACGUUGCCGCUGUUUUCUUCGGUGAACGCGACGGCCAACACCACGACGUGCUUUGCCAACCAAGCCUUGGCGAGCGCGAGUCUCUUUGCCGCCGCGACGAGCUGCGUGCUGCAGAACGCGUGUCCCGUCGCCGCCGACUCGAGUCUCGCGACCAACAUCACGUCCGUCCACGCCAACCGCAUGAUUGUGCCAACGGCGACGACUGCCGUCCAGACCAUCUCGUUUGGCGCGACGAGCGUGGUGACGUUGCAGCUGAGUCUGUGGGGCUCCAGCGUCGGCAGCGUGCCCAAUGUGGCCUUGGCAACGCCAGUAGCGACGAUCGCGGCGUCUGUGCAGGCGCUACUCGGCGGUAUGGGCCAAGUGACCGCUACGUCUGUCUCCACAGGCGUGACGUCGUGGAGCCUUACGCUGUCAUAUACCAACUACAUUGCGCCGCUACCGGCCAUCACCGUUGUCGGCGCGACCGCCACUGUAUCGUCUGCGCCCGCGAGCUGGCUGUACCAAGUCGUGCCGUUCAACGUCGCUGCGUUCGGCUUCCCGUACCGUACAUCCUAG